UUUCCCUCUACGGCUACGAUCGUGUUGCGACCUGGAAACAAGUACUCCGCAUUGUUACUUGCGAACGCACCACGCUACUCUUUCAACUUAUCUCCAGAGCUCUUCUGGCUUUACGUUGUUGACAUGACGCUUGUCUCGGACCUUGCCGCUGCAUCGGCUCAUGUACACGACUCUGCCAAGCUUCCCAGCGGAGAUUAUGACCGUCAACUUCGCGAGUUGGUCGAAUACUUGAAGCGGCUUCUAUCCACUAAGGCCCUUGAUGCCCUUGCCAAUGACGAAUCAAUCUUGGAUCAUUUCAACCCAGCAAGAGAUUCUAUCCCAUAUCUUUUUAUCCUUCGACUGCAGAUUCAAACUGCACAGGAAACUACUGUUGAAACAGUUCCAACCAAAAUCCAACCUAAGGGGGUGCUAUGGACACGAAGUGUAGACUUCUUGAGGAAUUUUGAUAGGAUUCAGGUCAGAUAUGUCGGGCGAGAAUGGCGUGAGCUUCUUGAGAUCGUGGGGCAUGCUUCACAGGCUGUAUCUCAGCCACUCCUAGCUACGAGGCUGAUUAGAGACGCUAUGUUGCGCCUCGAUCCAUCAUGUGCUGUUUUUACGUCAACUCACCUUUUACUAGUCCGACUUUGUCUCCAUGCAAAAGCUUAUUCCUGUGCAUUGCCAGUAUUGGACAACCACAUUUGCCAUCUUCCAGUUAUGCCUAUGCAUCCCUCUUCAGAGCUUCCUGUGCUUUGUGCAGCGCACGAGUCCAGCGUACCUUUUGUAACAGAUACAUCUGGUCUUUCAUCUAAGAUAACCUAUCGGGAUUAUCUUCAAUAUUUUCUCUAUAGCGGUAUGGUGUACAUGGCCCUCAAGGAUUGGCGCAAGGCACUUCACUUCCUUGGUGUUGUCGUCUCUACACCCGUGGCUAGCUCUGUGAGCUUGGUCAUGGUGGAAGCAUACAAAAAAUGGGUUCUAGUUGGUCUACUUGAACAUGGCAGGUUGUACCCACCUCCGACUAUCACAACCCCUCAUGUGAUGAAGAUAUAUCAGUCAAUGGCAAGACCGUAUGUUAUACUUGCACAUGCCUUCGAGCGAGGUGACAUCCGACGACUAAGGGCUGAGGUUGAUUCAGCAAAAGAUAUCUGGGAGAAUGAUAAUAACACAGGCCUGGUUUCUCAGGUGGUGAAUAGCUUUUACCGCCAGGCUAUUAUCAAGCUUGGCAAGACAUUCGCAGCUUUAACAGUCGCCGACCUCGCAAAACAAGUGUUCCCUCUGCCUGUGCAUGAAGAGAUUGCCGAGUCUGUGAUUGUGUCCCUCGUAUUGUCUGGUGCUUUAGAUGCCACCCUACUACAGACUCAAGAUCAGGCGGUUUCAUCAAUGCUGCGAUUUUCGACUACUUCUUCGUUUACUCGGCUGUCACAUGAGAUGCACAUACAAUCCCAACUCCAGAAGGAGCGAUUUAUAAUGGAGGCCUUGGUGGGAAAUCUUAGAGAGAGCAAUCAAACCCUAGGGUUAAGUGAUGAAUGUGUUGACAGUGUUCACAAAGGACAGGCUUGGUCGGGUUCUGAGGUGAAUCCAAUUCUAGGUGAGGAAGUUGGCUUGGAGAUGGAUGAGGAUUUGAUGGGAGAUAUGCCUUAA